GAAAAAUAGUAAAAAGUGAAAGCGUAGAGAUAGGAGAGGGGGAAUGAGUAUAAUAAAAGAAGAGAUGAAAAGAAAAAGGAAUAAUGGGGGAGGAGUCACCGAAGAAUAAAGUGAAAUUCCUGUGCAGCUACGGGGGGAAGGUGCUUCCACGUCCGUCGGACGGGCUGCUGAGGUAUGUGGGGGGGGAGACACGGGUGGUGUCGGUGCCUCGGCAGGUGACAUUAAAGGAUCUGAUGAACAAGGUAAACAACAUGGUGGAGGCUGACAUGGUGCUAAAGUACCAGCUCAUGCCAGAAGAUCUGGACGCCCUCGUAUCGGUAAGAACGGAGGAAGACGUAAAGCACAUGAUCGAGGAGCACGAUCGCCACCACACCGGAAACGGCUUGCUCCGGGCCUUCCUCUUUCCUCCUUCCAAGCCUACUUUGCUUCCCACCGAGCCCUAUCCUUUGGAGCAGCGUUACAUCGACGCAAUCAAUGGCAUCACCCGCACAAGCCCUAAGGCGCCCAGGGGUUCAACGUGUUCUUCCCCUAAAUCAAGCUCUCCAGAAUACUCUCCUCGGUAUGCGAAUGCAAAUGUGAAUGCUCUUGCUCAUGCCACUGCGCACGUCAUGCAGAAAGUGAGAAGCUCUCCCAGCCUCACCAACAUGGAUCACCAGCAUCACCAUCCUUAUACGUCUAGACCGCCGCAUGAUCCUCAAAUGGGAAUGGGAAUGGGAAUGGGAAGGCUUGGUGGAAGGGCUCCCGCUUUUAAUUAUUACUACUCCAACACUAACACUAACACCAACACCAACACCAGACAAACCCAUAAUCACAGAGGAUACGCCUUCCAAGACGAUUCUGCCUCCUACACCAUUGAAAGACUUCAGACUGUGCCUAGGAGUCCAAUAAGAAAAUCUAUAUGGGAGUAGCCCCCACCCCCCUACACCCUAACCCUAUUUUUUUAUAACUCUGGAUAAGCCUCCAACAACCUCAAAAUCUCAAACCUAAUUUCAAACAAGAUAAAACUCCCAAUGUUCCUUCUCACCGCAAUUACUGUUGCAAACCGCAAUUUUAAACAAAUGCACCUGCUGCUAGUAAAUUGAACUACGGAAAUGUCUGUUGCAUGAUUGAUUUUUCAUGUCAAAAAUUUUUGUCAAUGUAACCAACCUUAAGACACUAUUUACGUGAAGGAUUUAUUAAUGUU